AUGGAAGGGCCCUUGGACACGGCCAUAGCGCCUGUGCCAGUUCCGCCCGAGCGAAUGGCGCCUCCGCCUCCGCCGCCGAGGGCUUCUCGGUAUCGGAGGCUGCGAGGGAGCAGCGUGUCGUCGCCGCCGAGCAAGACGUUUGAUGUCUACUGCGACGGGCCCCGGGCCGAGGACGAGGAGGCAUACGGGAAGCUCAAGCGGCGGUCCAAGAGCUCGUCGGCGCUGCGGUCCAAGAACGUCGUCUCGUGCCUGGGAGCUGGCGCACUGGGCCCCAAACCUGGACCUGGUGGCACCACCUUGGGCGCCGAGAACAGCCUGCAUCAGCUCGUGGGUGCAGCAAAGCCAGAUGCAGACUCUGUGCCGUUUAAUUUGCAACUGCCAGUGCCACACCCCGCCGUCGCGCAUUUAGUUCCUCUGCCGCUCAAUCCCAAGCCCGCCAAAGCUCGCACGUCCACCGCCGCGACAAAGCCCCCGGCGCCGCCCAAGAUCGAGGUGAGUUUGUGCGACGAGCAGGAGGACGACAGCGCCAGCACCAGCACCAGCACCAGCACCGGCACCGGCAACAGCCUCAGCAGCAGCACGGGCUCGAGCGCUACUGACGCCACCCCACCGAGUCCAAUUGAAUCAUCCGCCCCCCCAUCCCCGAGCCUAACCUCGAGUCCUGCCCCCGAGGCGGUGACUGCGACUGCGACCCAGGACCAACCCCUGGACUACGAGCGCCUGGCCGAGGAGGUUGCGCGGCUCGAAGCCGAGACUGAUCGCAUUCUCGCUGAGCAGAAAAAACGGGAUCUGGUCCGCCUCCACGCACAGCUCGACGCAACGACACCACCCAAGCCGCGAUUGUUCCUCGAUAAGCUUUCGUUCCUGACCAGGAGUACCCCGUCAGACGCCGACAGCCAGCCAGGAACCCCCACCAAGAGUCCCAAGAGCCCGCUGUCGCCCAAGUCUUUCCGCCUGCCCUGGAGUCCCUCGUCGAUCAGUUUCCUAGGAUCGCCAGGCGCAGACAAGAUGGCGUUUAUUGAACAGGGCGGCGGGGGCGUCGUUCCUGGCAUAGACGCCCCAACUUCAGCUAGUAACGGUGGAGAACGCCGAGUGACGGUAAGAUGCCUGUCAUCCACAAUCAACCUGCCUGUGACGCCUGACACCACGCCCGUUGACAUCGCCUAUUCGACGGCCAAUUUCAUCACCCACACAAUCAACCCUGCCAACACCAUUGUGGUUGAGUGCUAUGAUGUUCUCGGACUGGAGCGCCGUGUGCGCCGCUACGAGCGCAUUCGCGAUGUCAUGAAUUCGUGGGACCGCGACCAGCUCAACUCCCUCAUGGUGCUGUGCGAGGACGAUCUGGAGGAACACCGUGAUCUCGAUGCCACCGCGGUGUCGCGCACAGAGGAGGCGCCCACGGGCUUCUGCUAUCAACUCUACCACUGCUCCAAGCCUGGAAAAUGGAACAAGCGGUGGAUCACCUUGAUGGACAAUGGCCAGAUCUUCGCCGCCAAGCGCCCUGAUUCCAAGCCGACAGACAAGGAUAGCAUGAUGCUGUGCCACCUGUCGGAUUUCGAUAUCUAUACACCAAGAGAGAGCCAGAUGAAGCGCCACAUCAGACCCCCCAAGAAAUAUUGCUACGGCGUUAAAAGUCAGCAGAAGGCAAACUUCUUCGCCAACCAGGACAACUUCCUACACUAUUUUUGCACAGAGGACCGUGAUCUGGCAAAUCGGUUAUACGAGCUGAUCCAUGGCUGGAGGAGUUGGUAUCUCGCCCACAAGCAGAUCGGCAUCUUCAAGCCUAAAGAAGAAGAACCGCCCUUGCGGCCCAGGACGAAGACAAAUGAGAGUCUGAAGAAAUCAACGAGCAUUGCUCGACGAAAUACUGAGCGUAAACCCCGUUUGUCUCUCGAGAAGACUCCGUACACAAUUGGCGAGUUUGCUCCCCUGCUUGACAUGAGUGACUUCGACAAGCCGCUUGAAGAAUUCGGCAAGAAUAUCCCACCACCGCAGCCCGCGGCGGCCCCCGCGCCACCUGCAAAGAAAUCCAAGGACGUACCGCGACCGCCUGUGAGCCUGAUAAAGCAAAAGUCAGCCGGUCCAGGAGGGGAUCCCGACCAGUUCCUCGCGGGCGGGCUUCUCGGCCACGCAUACGAUCAGCGCAAGCUGCAGGAACAGGCUGCUCUGGCAAGCAAGGCGGAUGACGGUCCCUUUACCGGAGGCUCCUCACUGCUGAACAACGUUCCCGCGCCGACAACCACAGCAAACGAGCCCGAAGCGAGCCCAUGGCUGCCUUCCGCCUUGGAGCACACGGCUCGCGCGAGGACAACGCAGCAGCCCCAGCCCAGAAUGCCAAGGCGACCUGCGACUGCUGAUGCCUCCCGCCAUCACCACCAACAACACCACCAACAUCACCAACACCAUCAUCAACAGCAACAACCUUUGGUGAAUCUGAAGGACGACUUCCCCAUCCCCCCUCUCCCUCAAGGUGGGAACCGCCUUCACAGAUCGGGCACCGGGCGGGCUGUGAAGCCGCCCAAUGGCGCACCUCUGGUCGACUACGCGGGCGGCAUCUCCAACAACUCGGCCCCCAUGCCUUCAAGGAACAUCACCAGGAUGAGCAGUUCCGCAACCGGCGGCCGCCCUCGCAGCCGAUCCUCCGGCAACCCCCGCCAGAAUGGCCAGACUCUGAUCCAGUUCGACCGCCCGCCGGUCCCCGCGCUGCCAGAUCGAUCGAGCAGACGUCCCGGCGACAGAGUGGUCUCCAACCCGUCCCGGGGCCGUGACCCCCGCACGCAGGAGCCGCUCAUCAACAGGAUUAAAUAA